UCUGCACUUUUGUGUAUUUCAGCAGCUAGUGAGAGGCAUGAUGACGUAACUGAAACAGAGAAGCCUGUUGGUGCUUCGGGUGAUAUUUAUCCACUGCUGGAUCCUCAGUCAAAGAGUGAAGUAGGAAUGGGAACUGAAAUGUCCAAGUUUGCUGAACCAGCAGUCACACCAAUGACAAGAAAUCAGUUUGUGGCAGAUUUGACAGGUAGCAACAAGCGUGAAGGCAACUCAGUGGGCCCUGGUGCAGUAGUGGAAGGGGAGAGAGAGCUUCAAGAAAAAAAAGAUCCAGCAGCUAGUGAGAGGCAUGAUGACAUACCUGAAGGAGAGAUGCCUGUUGGUGGCUCAGGUGGAAUUUAUCCACUGCUGGAUCCUCAGUCAAAGAGUGAAGUAGGAACAGAAACUGAAAUGUCCAAGGUUGCUGAACCAGCUGUCACACUGCUGAUAAGAAAUCUGUUUGUGGCAGAUUUGACAAAUGGCAACAGAGGUGCAGGUGACUCAGUGGACCCUGGUGCAGUUGUGGAUGGAGAGAGGGAGCUUCAAGAUUUUGCUAAAGGAAAACAAUCGCCUACGGAAAACUCCUACAGAUCUUUUGACUUAAACAGUUCAGAAAACAAAGCUGAAUUUGAACAAGACUUCAAAGGAGAGGUGUGUGUGGUGGAUUUGCCUUCUGAGAAUGGCAGUAGAGACUUACCGGAUCCAGUAGAACCAGAGCAGAGGGCCUAUACAAACAACAAUGGGGAACCAUCACUGCAAGAUCCAGCAGAAUAUUUGAGUGAUCAAGAUGAUGACUUCAGUGUUGACAAAAGGAACAAUAACCAUGGGCUGCCGGCACAAGCUUGUCAAGGCCAAGGCAAUGAAAGAAGGUCUAGUUUUCCCCCUGAUCUACCAAAGAAAGUUGAGAACCCCCUAGUGAAGCGUUCAACUAGUGUUUUAAACCAGUUGAAUACUGCUGGGAGACACAGAAAAUUUGGGCUAGGUGACUCGUUAGAAAAGACCUUAUUGAGUUCUUUGGAGGUCUUGGAAGCAUCAAGUAGAUCCUUGGAUAAAGAAUAUAGAUAUGGUCGAUGCAAGUGCUGGAAACACCUCGCUGAGAUCUUUGGCAUUUCCAAGGAAGAGUAUGAGAGCUUUAAAUGUAAUCAAGUUCAUAGUCCUACGGAGGUUAUGUUUGAGUAUCUGGGGUCAGUUAUGCCUGAUAUCACAGUAGGUGAUCUGAAAGAUGGCUUAGCCAAAAUAGAGAGGCAAGAUGUCACAGACAUACUUAUAAAACAUGAAACCUGGAAUCCAUCUGCACUGAAUGAUGAAACCUUAGUGUGCAGUCUUUUUGAUAGUGAUCCAGAUAUCAUUGGAGAAAUGGCUGUCUUCUUAGACAAGCAGAAAACCGGUUUGAAAAACUGGUCACAUUUGGCAGCCAAGUUGGGUGUAACAAGGAAGAUUUUCAAGACUUUUGAAACUUCCAGCACUGGCAAUCCCACAGAGGAAUUUUUCGAAAUUGUAGAAGUUCAGUUCCCAAAGUUGACUGUUGGAGAAUUGAUCAGUCACCUGGAAGCUAUAGAAAGGCGUGAUGUGAUAAAUGCAAUCAAAAGUGCCAAAAUUUCAGAAGGUUCUGUGAUGAAAGACCUGAUUGCAGAACCAGACGUCAUGGACACUGUGUGUGAACUGUUCAACACAAGGAAGCGCACUACUAAGGUGUCAGGAUUGAAACACCUAGGAAGAAAAUUAGGGAUCAAGAAGGAGAUUUUGGAUGACCUGUUACCCAAACAAGAAGUAGCGGAAAGUCCUACAGAAGCGCUUAUCCGUCAUCUUAAUGCAAAAAAUCCAUCCUUAACUUUAGAGAACUUCAUUUGGGCACUACACUUCAUUGACCGACCUGAUGUCCAUGCUGUGUUGGAUCCCUAUUUGCCAGAUGGAUGCAUUCCAAAUCUCUUGAAGACGUGUGACUGUGAAAGUUGUAAGCAGGCUUCACUGAAACAAGGUGAAGAGGAACGGUAAAAGUGUGCCAGCUUGACAAAUUGUCAAAAAGUUUUGUGUGCAGUUACUCAGUAACAGUUGACUCUGGUUGAGCAUAAACACCAGUAUUUUUGAAUACUCAUUCUUAACCCUAUCAACUCUGAAAGCAUAGCAGUUUUGUUUAAAGAAAAAGAUCAUCCGGUAGACUCCCUCUAUGUCGAGCUCUCACGGGUAAUAGCCCUAUAAUUAUUAUCACGGGGCCCAUUCACACUUGGUUUGAAAUAGCGAGGGAAUAACCGAGUUCGAGAUGGCCCAUAGCAACUCAUCCCUCGUAAUACUCACAAGAAGUCCGUGUCAAAAUGACGGGAUUCAGUUCCGAUAACGAAGAAAUCGAGGUAGAUCGUGUUCAAAAUAGCGAGAGCCUACUGUCGAUGAAGGAAGUACAGAACUGGCUUCCCCAAUGGCCAUUAAUAAUUAAGUGCGAUUAGCAUAUUUUUAAUGUAUAGUUAGCGUACUUCUUGCUUGUUUAAGAAAUAUUUCAAGUUUUAAAAUAAGAAUCCAUGGCUUAUUCUUAAAGAAGUAAACAACAUAAGAUUAAUAAUGUAUUUUUAACAUCACUCGUAAAUAGUUUAAAGAAACGCUUUGCGAUUACUAGUGUCCCUGUGAUGGGCUUUUACUUUUAAUAGUGAACAUUUUGCAUGAGAUUGUAAGAAAAAAACAGCGCUUAGCUUUGAGAGUAAAUGUUAGAUUAGGGAGGACGAUUUUAAAAGUUGAUAUAAGUUAACAUUUUUAGGCGUAAAACUACAAUUUUAGGUUUGUCGAAUCAUUCCAGAUGCUUGACCAAAACAAUUUGAUAGAAAAAUAUAGGAAGAAUUGAAUGAAACACUAAUUUUUCUGCGGGGAAAAAUAUUUUUUUGCAGUGGUAAGUUAUCAAACAAAUUCAUCAUCAUACAAAGGGAACCUCUUAUAGGUACCAAUUUCGCAAUUUCGCGAUGGAGACUGAUGCGGGGACUCUUUUGAAUGUCAGUGACCUGAACCUGAAUAUAGCUAUAUGUUAUAUCACAUCUUAAUGCGAAUUUAAAGUACCGUGAAGAUACUAAAAAUGGCCCGCGUCCAAGCCCAACAACUAGUGGUUUAACUAAACAACGUUAAAAAUAAGUUGCUCAUACCGUGCACACCCCACAACUCAAAAAGGUAAAAACCUGUUUGAUUAAAAUAGGCUAGUAAAGUGGUUUGUAAUAUGUGUUCUCAAGAUGACUGCAAAGCGUAAUCGACAAAUUGGGAAAACCUAAACCAGAUUUAGUUAAACUGGUUUAGUUAGUAUGAAUGGGGUAUGAGUCCUAAAUCUUUAACAUUGCCUGGGUGGAGAGGAGGGGGAGACGUAUCCUCCAAUAUUGCAAAUUGAAGACGUUGUUACAACUGUAGAACUGAAUAAUUGUUCCAUUAUUUUUGGUACUCGUUGUACGGUUUCCCAGCUACUUUUUUAGGCCCCUCUUAAUACGAGCUUAAUUUGUCCCCGGUGGGAGGGUCAUCCUCCAUACCGAGCAAUCUUGGCCGAGAGAACGUUCAUAGCGCCAAACGUUUUAUGAGACAUCACAAAGUUGGCUUGGGAGACACAGUGACCCUGGAUGGAGGGUCAAAUUUUUAUUUAAACUAGAUUAGAUCUUACAUUGUAAAUUUUUUAAUUCUUAUUUUGUAAUUAUUCUUUUUUGUUUAUUUACACACGACCCCACAAGCUGCAAGCUCAAUUACUGAUCGUGUUUAAAUAAAGGUUACGUACUUACUUAGUCGUUUUGAAGGUAGGGCGACCCUGGAGGUGGGGUGGGGAUGUAACGUUUUUCCAUAUUGACACUAUGGACAUGUACGACUCGCCUACCAGGCUACCAAAUAAGGGCAAGUCAGGACAUAUAGAGCAUGCACGGAAGCCGAGGAGAAUCUAUGCGUCGAUCAGAAGGGGCAACGUUCGGUAAAAGGUGGCUCGGGAACAGGGUAACCCUCCUACUAGGGGCCUAUCUUCUCCACGGAAAAGCUCCUUUAGGUUGUGAUGAGGAUUUCGCAUCGUAAGUCUAUCGUGAACGUCCUUGUGAAAAUUUUGCACAUCCAGCUCAAUUAAUACUCUGUGCUCCCCAGUCAGUUUGUAAACUUAAACUACACCAACGUCAUAACGCCAGUCUGAAGCCAUGACUUUAUCUAUCUAGUGGUUAAUUUCAAGGAUACCAGACGCAAAAAGUUAAAUCACAAGGACCACACAAUAGAAGCCUGCUAAGUAAAGUAAGUAAGUAACUCAGUUUAUUUCAACUCGGGUUGAGGAGGCUGAUUAGGCCCGUAGCAAUACGGUCACGCUAAUAUGCCGAGAAAAAUAUGCUAGCAUAGCCCCCUUCGUGCGGUAACACAAUAGUUAAACGAACUGUUGUUGAAUUAACAAAUAAAGAAGCCUAAGCCGUGUAUUACACUGUGAUAAAACACGACGGGCACUUCU